UCAACGCGAACUUACGCCGACAACUAUGUGAGACAAAAGACGCGCUCGCGUAACCGCAUUAUAAAAACAUUUUGACGUAAAAACAGUUGAAAAUAUUAUCAAUGAAUGGAACCCUGUGCAGUGCGCUAGUGGUCGGACAAUGAUAACAGAUAUGUAUGCGCCGCUGGCGGCGCCGCCGUCCAACAAAACCAUUGAACACCCGAGCUUACGCGGCACGCCUCUGGCGAUGCUUGCGGCACAAUGCAAUAAGCUGUCCAGUAAAUCGCCGCCUCCACUGGCCGAUGCGGCCGUGGGCAAAGGGUUCCACCCAUGGAAGAAGAGUCCCGGGGCCCACUCGCCACCCGGCGCCGGCGCUACGCCGCGCUCGCAGCCUCCAGCUUGCGCUCCCUAUCCUCGGGCGCCUACAUCGUGUGCUGCAGCACCUUCCUACGGAAACGACCUUUACUUUCCCUCCUCCGGCGACCAGCUACUUGGAAAAAGUGAAUCCAGUGCAAGUCUAGGCUCAAUGUAUUCACGACAUCCGUACGAAUCGUGGCCAUUCAAUGUAGGCAGUGGGGGCAGCAGUGGUGCUCUCAAAGCUGCUGAAAUGGGCGGCGUGGGUGCUGUUGGUAGCACGUGGUGGGAUGUGCACAGUGGUUGGCUAGAUGUUGGAGGGCAAAUGGCUAAUUACGCUGGUCAAGAUUACUCCCAACUUACCCAUUCGUUGUCGGGAGGUGCUCAUUUACUACCCCCAGCACCUCAUCUCCUACAGGAUGCUUACAAAUCGGUAUUACCAACACAAGGUUCAUUUGGGCUUCAUGCUCCAGGCUCACCAGCGCCACCAGCCCAGGCACCGUCACCUCGAUCACAAAGGCGAUAUGCAGGUCGCGCCACUUGUGAUUGUCCAAAUUGUCAGGAAGCUGAAAGACUGGGUCCAGCAGGGGCACACCUCAGAAAGAAAAAUAUUCACAGUUGUCACAUACCGGGCUGUGGCAAGGUAUAUGGGAAAACGUCACAUUUAAAAGCUCAUUUACGUUGGCAUACUGGUGAGAGACCUUUCGUAUGUAACUGGCUGUUCUGCGGUAAACGAUUCACUCGCUCCGACGAACUGCAGCGACAUUUACGCACCCAUACCGGGGAGAAGCGAUUCGCCUGUCCGGUGUGCAAUAAACGGUUUAUGAGGUCAGACCAUCUUGCGAAACAUGUUAAAACGCAUAAUGGUGGUAAGAAAGGCAGCUCGGACUCAUGUUCAGAUUCGGAGGAGAACAGUCAAGGCGAAGGUGGCGCAGGGCGAGGUUCCCCAGAGCAUCCCCUGGACGUGAAACCGAGUACGCUGGUGUGACGGGGGCGCGCGGCGCUCGCCCCGCCGCACCACCUCUCGCCACUCCUGUGAUACUGCUGCCGCCGCGCGCGCCAAGCCAACGACAAGAACGUUGUCGCCGCUGCCUGUACAUAGCACACAUAUCAGUACAUUGUAUAGAAACGUGGACUUAUAUAUCAAAGACAUUACGGUGCUGUUUAAGACCGUUUAUGUGGGACUCGAAAGUGUUGUACAGUUUAGAUACUAUUAAAUAUGUCUAAUGAUAUUAAUUAUAGAUAGAAAUUGUAUGGUAACAUAAUUAUGUAAGUAGAAUCACUGUCUUAGUCCAAAAUUUCAGUUUGUUAAUUUAUUUUUAGUACCUCAGCAAUCAACAGUAUAUAAGAAACAUUUAUUAUAAAUAUUCUAACUGUGUCGGCACUUCCAAAACAUUGCACAUUAGUAACUUAUAUUUUUUUAAUACAAUACAUGUCAUUGAAAUGCAGACGUGUUUCAAAUUGUUAACUGAGUAUUUAACAAUUGUUAAUCCUGCCUACCAGGUUUGCGCAAUUGGCCGUUUAAACUGUUUCAUAAGUAACACAUGAAAAAUUUUGUGUUAUGUUUGUCACAGUGCCGAUAAAAUAUUAAUUUCACUUUUCAAUAAACCGAGGUUUACGUAAUGCAUUUAAUACAUUGCUGUGUUAUUAUUAAAAAAGGAAAAUUUUAAGUAAUUAUUAUAUCCUUCAUCACAAAAGUAAUGUAUUAAAACCGUAAAACCUCUGUCAUAUCGCUAAAUGUUAGCUUGCAAACUUAAUUAUAAAACUGUAUGUAUAUUGUACAAAAAUUGUGCGAAUUAAAAAUGCCU